AUGAUGUACAAUGGCACCGUCCAGGACUGCUGGGGGAAGUGCUUGGUGCCUGUCUGUUUCCUCUCUACCCCAGCCAUGCCGGGGCUGCCUCAGGCUCCCCUGUGCCCCCUAAUGGAGUUCAGAGGCCGCUGCUACCGAUUUCUCGGUCUCAGUAAGACCUGAGCCGAGGCUGACUUCUACUGUUCUGAGUUCUCCGUUGGCACGAAGUUCACCAGACUGGCCUCCGUCCGCAGCUGGGAGGAAAAUGUCUUUGUGUGUGACCUCGUGAACUGUGUUUCUGGGAGCCCAGCUGACAUCCAGCCAGGGCUUCACGACCAUAGAUAGGAAGGGCAGUUUGAAUGGACCGACAGCUCUUCCUGUGACUACAGCUCCUGGGGUAGGAGCCAGCUGGAGGACAGCAUCCACGCAGACCCCGAAGAGGAGAACUGCGUGCAGAUGUGGUACUGGCCCCCCAGCGCUCUGAGGUCAUGGAAUGAUAACACCUGCAGCUGAAAGUUCCCCUUUGUCUGCAAGAUCCCCAGUGUCAGUAUCUACCUCUUAGGGUUGUUGUGA